UUCUGACCGUGCGACUUGAUAGACGUAUAGCACGCCAGCGCCCCUUCUAAAUAUAGUGCUGGUUAUUUUCAAGUUUUCCUCUUCUGCGUAAUAUUGUGCUGUGUUUGUGGCCAGUGUUUUGCGAAUUCGGAUUCACUUUUUCAAUUUGAAAGAGGCUGGCGGCGUGUGUGGAGCGCGCGGCGCGGGGCACGGGCGCGCGCGGCAGGUGACCGUCGGUGUACGCGGCUGAUGUGGGCGGCGGGCGGGUGCUGCUCGCGGCAAGCAGGCGAGGGCGCGGCCCGGACGCCGGUCAAGACGUUCCAGGCGUACCUCCCGCCGGCGCACCGGACCUACAGCUGCAUACACUGCCGCGCGCACCUGGCCAGCCAUGACGAGCUUAUAUCUAAGUCGUUCCAAGGCAGCCAGGGGCGCGCGUACUUGUUUAAUUCAGUUGUGAACGUGGGCUGCGGGCCAGCGGAGGAGCGCGUCUUGCUCACGGGGCUCCACGCCGUCGCCGACAUCUACUGCGAGUGCUGCAAAACCAUGCUCGGCUGGAAAUACGAGCACGCCUUCGAAUCCAGCCAGAAGUAUAAAGAGGGCAAGUUCAUAAUAGAACUGGCUCACAUGGUGAAAGAGAACGGGUGGGAUUAGGCGCGCGGUCCUCGCACCCCUUGGGCCGCGCGCCGACGUGUCAUAUCGGAGACUGUGCGAAGGACUCUUGUGAUGAGACAGUGAGCGAGCAGCGACCAUGCCGAGGCC